UGCCCUAAUUUAAACACUUCAUUGCAUGAAGAGUGGAAGAGACGGGGCAACCCGUAUGCAUCCCCCUACCAGUGUGCUUAAAGUACACUGGGAAAGCAGCUGUUAGCUCUACAAACAACAGACGAGCUGCUACAAAUGGUAGAUUUAGACGUUUGCUGGUAGGUACAAGCAGUUUAGGAGUCCUUCUGCUUCAUAUUCUCUGGACUCAGAGGGCACUUGUUGCCCUGAGAGGGGGGGUGUUCAAGCAAACUGACCUCUAGGGUUAAGUAGAAUCAGUUUGUGUGAAGCUCUGUGGAGGAGGGGAGGAGGGAACAGGCAAGUUAGUGGGAGGUGGGAGGCCACAGUGGGGCUCCUGCACUGCUGAAGAAGGAGACGAAGCAGUUGCCGGGAAUUGUGGAAAGAGGAGGAGAUGGCCACGGGAGAAAUCACGACACUUCCCUCCACACCUGAAGACGGCGGCAGCGGCGGCUUUCCUCCUGGGAGCUUCAAAGAUCCCAAAAGGCUGUACUGUAAAAACGGGGGCUUCUUCUUGAGGAUAAAAUCUGACGGGGGAGUGGAUGGAAUCCGGGAGAAGAACGACCCCCACAUAAAGCUUCAACUCCAGGCGACCUCGGCGGGGGAGGUGGUCAUCAAAGGAGUUUGUGCCAACCGCUAUCUGGCCAUGAACAGAGAUGGACGACUGUUUGGAGCGAGACGAGCAACAGACGAAUGCCACUUCUUAGAGCGUCUUGAAAGCAACAACUACAACACAUACCGCUCUAGGAAGUACCCAAACAUGUAUGUGGCACUGAAGCGAACUGGCCAAUACAAGUCUGGAAGCAAAACUGGACCGGGUCAAAAGGCCAUUCUUUUUCUUCCAAUGUCUGCCAAGUGCUAAUCUGGGAUCUGGUGGAGAAGUAUUAAUAAAUGGCAGCAACAAAGAAGAAGAUGUGACGGCAAUGAAGGGUUCCAUCAACAUUGCCCAAAAUAGCUGUGAUGCUUUCUGACUGUUCUAUCCUGAGAGUUAUUUUUAUUUUAUCCUAAACAUGUCUGCUUUUACUCAAGCUUCACUGUAACACCAUGGUACACACUCACACCUUGUUUUCCAGUAAAUCCAGUAAACAUGCUUUUACUGUGGACCAAUCAACCGCUACACUAGUGGAACCGGUCGUCCCCUACAGUAACAGCACAAGAUUAUUUGUUCAUUUCACCUAUGCAGACCUUCCCUCCCUGGCUGAGGGAUUCAAAGCAGCAACUUUUUGAUCACAAGGCGGCUCACCUUGGGGACACUGCGAGAUGUCAGGCAUAUUAAGAAUAUUCUAUUAAAAUAUGUCUCCUAUAUUAAAAAGGGUUUAUGGAAAUG